AUGAUGAACUCUAGAACAUGGAACUGUAAUAAUUGGAGCCCAAUGUUGAAAGCUUCAAGAUCUUCAUCGGCUGCCAAUGAAGUUGAUGUAGCCAAAGAAAACUAUACAUAUACACCUACAAGACCUCACUUUAAUAUAGUCAUGUCUGCAGCAAACAACCAACAACAACUAGAAGAAGAAAAGAAUUGUUUGAUUAUUUGUAACUCUAAUAUUGCUCAAGAUACAUUUGAAUACUUGUGGUCAAAGUCAAUAUUGGUAAUAUGUGCAGAUGGAGGAGCAAAUCAAUUAAAUAGAUACUUUCAAGAUAAAGGAGGUGAUGAAUUGGUAAACAAAUGGAUACCUGAUUUUAUUAAAGGUGAUUUGGAUUCUCUUGACAAUCAUGUAAAAGAUUAUUACACUUCCAAAGGUUCAAUUGUCAUGAGUGACAAGAGUCAAGAUACUACUGAUCUCCAAAAAACAAUGGAACUUGUAAAUAGCAUUGAAUCACAAUACUCUUUCAAAUUUUCAAAUAUAUUUAUUAGUGGAGGAUUAGGAGGUAAUAUAUCACAUGAAUUUGCCAAUUUAAAUGUUUUGUUUGAACAUACAGAUAGAAACCUUGUUUUAUUCUCUAGUGGAAACUUUGCCUACCUCCUCAACAGUGGUUGUAAACAUACAAUCAAUAUCAAAAAAGAUGUACAUUGCUCACUCAUUCCUUUGGCGGGUCCUGCUCAAUCAGUUACAACCACUGGACUAAAGUGGAAUCUCUCAGACAACUCUCUUAAAUUUGGAGAGUUAAUUAGUACAUCCAAUAUUACAUCACAAGAAAUUGUAACUUUAUUAAUAGUUUUAAUCACUCUAUAA